UCAUCCUUGUCUCUUGUAUAUCGCUGUGUUUGUACUUCCUGUCUGUCACAGCGACUUCCGCAGAUGGAUUGGCUUUUGUUGUGUAGUGCCUGAAAGGGCGUGCGUUAAUGCACGAGCACUUCAAACCGCACUCAUCAGGAAAAAAAAGGGAGUGUCGGCGCAUAAAGCAACGCCAACCAUCCGCAAAGAUUCAUACCUGAAGUUUGCAUCCAAGGUUCCAAAUCCACGCUCAGAAUGAGUUGCACGGGGCAAGGCGACGCUGGGAAGUUUCUCGAGAGGUUUCUGGAGGAGUUUCCAAACCCGCUUGGCACAGAGGACCCGCUUCCCGUCAGUCCACUUAGCCGCAAAGUCACUAUGCAGGAGGUGAAGGGAGAGAGUCUGGAUCUGGGCUUGCGACUGCUCUCAGCCAGAAAUGCCCCGUCCUGGCUGGGUGCAGAGAUGUGCAGUGCUGCUGUCACUGAAUUGCUUAAAGAUGACCUUUCACCUCACUACUGCCCCAAAGAUCCUGAACAGAAACCAGAGGAUGAACAGGAAGUUGUUUUGUUGCAGUCUGAGCCAUUGCAGCGCCUCUUUAUUAAUAAAUUGAGAGAGGUGUGUUUGGCCUGGCAGAAACAGCUGCCCAGUCCCGGGUUGUCCUCAUCACGGACACACAGCUGCUCCGUUCACGCCAUUCGAAACACUCGCAGGAAGAUGGAGGACCGUCACAUUAUCCUGAAAGAGUUUAACCAGCUUCUGGGACUGCAGGAUGGUGUGGAUCGAGAGUAUUAUGCUGUGUUUGAUGGACAUGGAGGGGUGGACGCUGCCACAUACGCUGCUACUCACCUGCAUAUCAUACUGAGCCAGCAGGAGGUGCUAAAAAGCGAUGCAGCCACAGCCUUCAAAAGCACCUUCACACAAACAGAUGACAUGUUCAAAAUCAAAGCCAAGAGAGAGCGUCUGCGCAGCGGCAGCACUGGUGUGGCGGUGUUACUGACCUCUGAUCGCCUGACCGUCUCCUGGCUGGGCGACUCUCAAGCUGUGCUGGUUCGACAGGGAGAACCAGUGACCCUAAUGGACCCACACAAACCUGAGAGAGAGGAUGAGAAGAAAAGAAUCGAGGAUCUGGGUGGAUGCAUCGCUUUCAUGGGUUGUUGGCGGGUAAACGGGACCUACGCUGUUUCCAGAGCAAUAGGUGAUUUUGAUCAGAAGCCAUACGUCUCUAAUGAAGCUGAUUGCUACUCGAUCCAGCUGAACGGGCAUGAAGAUUACAUUCUGCUUGCUUGUGACGGCUUAUUUGACGUGGUUCGGCCUGGGGAUGUCCCAGGGCUGGUCCUGGAGGCUCUGAGGGAGACCGGAGGCUCGGGGGACGAUGUGGCCCAGAAUCUGGUGGCCCAUGCUAAAGCUGCUGGAUCCAGUGAUAACAUCACAGUUCUCUUGGUGUUCCUCAAGGAUCCGCAGCAGCUUCUGACCUACGAGACGAGUUCCAGAACAGAGCCUGGAGGAGCUACGGCUGCAGCCACAGGGAUCUAAAAUGGGUUAACAGGAAGAAAUUGUCCAUGAUAGAAGCAAAUCAGAGGACCAAUAGCAGCUGAUGGUCUCUUCACCAUCGGGAAAGUUGUUGCAUUUGAAAAGAAUAUGCGAUUGUUGAGGUCAUCUGAAACGAGUCCAGUCAUGCGUUCAGAAGAAAGCAUCGAACGCAGGUGAAAGGGCGUUUCCUCGUUUUUUCCCCCAAGAAUGUCUGAUCCCUGGUCAUUUAUUAACUCUCUUUGUUGCUACGUUUGAACUUGCCUUCAUUUUUAAACAACAUGUUUCCAUCUUUUAACUAUUUGCCUUGUUUUUACCAGCUUAUAUUUACAUUUACUGGUGCUUAAAGGGAUAGUUCACCUAAAAAUAACAGUUCUGUCAUCAAAUAAUCACCCUCAAACUUGUAUUACUUUCUUUUUUUGCCUUCUGAGGAACUUAAAAGAAGAUAUUUUGUUGGUAGAAGAAUGUUGGUAACUAAACAAUUUCCGUUUCCAAUUGAUGUCCAUUGUAUGGACAGAAAAAUGCAGUGGAAGUCAAUGGGAACCAAAUCUGAACAUUUUUGAACAUACUUGAAAAUAUCUUCUGUUGUGUUCAACAGAAAACAAGAAAUGCAUACAGGUUUGAAACAACAUGAGGGUGAGAAAUUAAUGACAGAAUGUACAUUUUUGGAUGGACUAUCUCUUUAACAUCUCAUAAAAAUUGUAAUACCUUAGAGACGCACGUAAAGCAAAUGCGAUUAUUUUUUCAGAGUGUAUUUUGUUGGUUGCGCUUCUUAUUUGAUACGACUGUUACAGUGGAGAGAAAACCGAUGUGAAUAGUCUUAACACAUACAGUAUUGCAUCGCAUUUCGGACCACACCGGCUUCGAUACUGAAAUAACCGACCAUAAGGCCUUCAGCUCUGUCAGCAGAUGUACUAAUCCAGUGUUGUAGGUGGUUAGUAUUUUUAAGACUGUUAUUUAUUUGACAAAAAAAGUAUUUAUGGCUGUACUGUACUGUGUAAACACGCUCUUUCAUGUGCCAAAACUGUAUUUACGAGUCCGACUUUGCCAAGAUCGUCUCUCUGUUGCUGCAGCUUUUCACAAAGCAGUUUUUCAAAAUAUACAGUAAACCUUUAUUAAUGCAUAUUUCAUAUAUUCGUUUUGUUACAGUGCCUUUUUCCCCCAAAUAUCAGUGUUAAUACUGGCGUGUGCGUGUUGGUGUUAUAUUAUCAUAGCCAGACUUUGCAAACCGCACGUCCUGCAUGCUGCAAGUCGUCUCACAUUACGGCUGCUCAAUAUUUUGAAAGCCUCGUGACGAGUAGCUGAUAUAGUAGCACAGUCACUAUAAUGUGAUAAGGCCAAGAAUAUCGCCAACCUAAUGGAUACUGAACGAGGAAGGUGAAGACAGAGCGAUGAGAUGUUGAUUUGGUGUUUUUAUAUGGGGAAAAUGUCUAAUUUGGUUCAGUCUAAUGCAUUCUAUAUUUGAAUAAAAGAGUGCAAAUGUCCAGAUUUGUAUCUUAUAAUGUAUAUAAUUGAGUAUAUUUAAAGUUUUCCACAAAAUACAGUGGCAUCUUAAAGUGCUAUUGAAAAUCUGGGAUUUAAAUUCAUUUGGAGUUGGAAAGAUUUUUUAAAUGUUUUUAAAACAAGUCUCUUAUGCUCAACACAGCUGCAUUUAUUUGAUUAAAAUACAGUAAAAACUGUUAUAUUGUGAACUUACAAUUUCAAUAUCUGUUUUCUAUUUUAAUGUAUUUUAAAAUGUAAUUUAUUCCUGUGAUCAAAGCUGAAUUUUCAGCAUCAUUACUCCAGUCUUCAGUGUCACAUGAUCCUUCAGAAAUCAUUCUAAUAUGCUGAUUUGCUGCUCAAGAAACAUUUCUUAUUAUAAUCCAUGUUGAAUUUUAUAAAAAUCUUUUCUGUCAGUCUUCAGAAAUUUUUAUAAUAUGCUGAUUUGGUGGUCAUGAAAAAUCAAAAUUGAAAAUCUUACUGAGCCCAAAUAUAUAUAUAUAUAUAUAAAUUUUGUUUUUGAUGAGUAUGACUCUUCAUGAUGUAGAAGCAUAUUCACUAGUGGUCUCAGACUUUUGGAUCCCACUAUAUAAUAAAUAUGGUAUUAUUUCCCCUAGAUAUUGCAUAUUGCUCAUCCAUUUUAGAUAUGGGAUAUUAAUUCUGCGUUACGUAAUUUUUGUAAUUGCCAAUGACUCGAAAAGCCAAAAAUCUAUGCACAUCAUCAGCGAUGAUCUCAUAUAAUUCUUUAGGAAAUGGGAUGUGCCAAUGAUGGGAAUUUUGUGUCAUCACAGUUGUUAAUUCUAGUCUUUCCCCAUUUUAAAAGUGCAAAAAAAUUUUCUCAUGAUGUGAAUGCUGUUAUCAUUUACUCACCUUCAUGUUACUCGAAACCAUUAUGACUUUCUUCUGUGAAACACAAAAAAAAUUUUUUUUGGACCCUACUGACUUUUAUUGUAUGGACAAAAAACAGUUAAAACAUAUCUCAGAAAUAGAUGACAGAAUUUUCAUUUUUGGGUGAACUAUUCCUUUAUGUUCACAUUAGUGCCAAACGACAUUACUCAUUCAGAAUGUGUUUUGCUCUUGACUGUGUCUUCUAAUGCAUUUAUUGUACUUAGUAUUAAAAGUUGGAUUUUCAAAGGGUUCGAGCACUGAACUACUUCUGUGUUUUUAUCCAGUAGAAAGCAAAGAUCAUGAACGUAUGCAUCACUAGAUUUUAUGCUAGUGUGCAUUUUUAUACACUUUUUGCUUGCAGUAUUUUUUUUUCAAAGGACAUUUUGUAAUUGUUGCUGUUUGUACUAAAAAUUGAACGUAAAUCAUGGGAACACAUGGGUGUAACAGCUCUCAAUAGUACAUGAUAAAGUGCCUUAUCUUUAUGUACUUUUCAGAAUCAUCUUUGUACAGGCAACUUAACUGAUAAACCUAAGUGAGCUGACUCUUUUCAGACCUAAUUUUGCAUAUCAUUUACCUCUACUGCUGAUCUUGUGUGCAAGUAAGGCUUUAUACUGGAUCAAAUAAUACAAAUUCCACACUGAGUGUACAAUACUACAGUGAAUCUUCUACCUAAAUGUUCUUGCAUGUUGUAAUGUUUAUGGCAACGUCUGAUAACCAUAAAAGCUGACUGUGAUUGCUGUCCUGUGGUAUUUUCCUGCAAUUUUAGAAAGUGUUUUUUUAUGCAACUUUUUGUGGAUUUAUAACCAGUGACACGAGCAUUUGGCUUUAAUCUGAUAUAAUGUGAAUAAAGUACUUUUCACAUCA